AUGUCGACCUUCAGCAACACGGACACUGGCAGCAAGACGGCCGACCCUUAUGUCGCCAAGAACCUGCAGGAGCCUGACCUCAAGACCAAGGUGACGGAUCUGCUCAACUUUGCCGACAAGCAAAAGUUUUGCAUGAUGACGACGGUCAUGUCAAACGGACUGCUGGCCAGCAGAUGCAUGGCUCUGGCGGGCAAGGAGGCGAACGGUCUGGACCUGCUGUUCCACACAAACACGGAGUCAGGCAAGACGAACGACCUGGCGAACGAUUCGGACAUCAACAUCGCAUUCCUGUCAUCGUCGGGCGAGUGGGCAUCGAUCAGCGGCAAGGCGAACGUCGAGACGGACCGCGCAGAAGUCAAAAAGUACUACUCGGCGGGUUUGAAGGCGUGGUUGGGCGACCUCGGAGAUGGCACCCACGACGGCGGCCCGGACGACCCGCGCAUCGGCAUCAUCCGGGUCAAGACGGUGACCGCGCAGUACGCCAUCUCGAGCAAGACGGCGGUCGGCCAGUUCGUCGAGUUCGCUAAGGGCGUGGCCACGGGCGAGACGCCGGCGAUCAACAAGCUGCGGAAGCUCGACGAGUCGGAGGUGCAGCAGUGGCGCGCGAGCCCGCAAUGA